AUGGUCGCCGCACAUGAAGUCACUUAUGAGCUCAUUGAGAGCUGGACCGAGGAGAAAAUCGUCCUUAAAGACGGUACCGAAAUCUUGGCUGAAGAAUUCUCUUCUGUCAAAUUCACCCGUGAAGAAUGGCUCAACUGGCAAGCUCAGCAAGGACAGGCUGAAGAAGCUCAGGAAUAA